AUGCUCGCCCAUCCUGCCGUACGUAAUACGGACCUCAUCCUCACCACAUACAACAACAUCGACUUACAAGACGGCCAGCUCCCGCCCGAUCUCCUCCACGCCAGUCACCACCAGCCUCUAGACUCUCCCUUCCAGUCUCCCCGGUUUCACUUCCUGCCUUCGUCCGGCUCGUCCUCUCCCACCUUUUCCUUCUCGUCGACGCACUCUCCAGCCACGACGAACCUCGACUACGCCUCCGUCUUUGACGGCACGCUUCCAGAGGCGCCGUCGAUGAGCGUCGCUUCAUCCUACAACCCCUCCUUCCAUAUCCCGUCGCCGUAUCCAAGCGCACAGUACUAUCCAGCACCGCACUUUGUAGCGACUCAGUCACCCAUGUUGGCGCAACCGGGAAUCACUACCAACACGCACGGUUGGGACACUGACGCCAACGUUCAGCUGCUCAGCCCAGCGCAUGCGCAGAAGGGCCUUGCCCAAGGCUCAGGCCUCCACAGCGCACACAAGCGAGCUGCUUCUGGGUCGUCUGUUAAGACGGGAUCAAGUUCGCCACAGGCCGCUGCUGCGGCUGCUUUUGCUGCCAGCCAAUACCAGAACUCGAAAAAGUCGCUGCCUACACCUGUCCAGACGCCAAAUCAGAAUUCCUUUUUGGCACCGGCCUUUCAGAACUACGACCCAUCAGCGCAGAAUGGCGACACUGCCGCAGCCGACCAGGCUAUGAGACAGGCAGUUAUGGAACAGCAGACUAUGAAUAACAAUAAUAACCACCACCACAACAAUAAUAAGCCACAUCAGGCAGCCGUCGACGAGGACACAGCAUUUCACUACUCUUUGGCGCCAUCGGUGUCAAGUCUGAGUCACCAGAACUCCCCGGUGACGCCGCAGACCACGUAUGACGAGUUUGACGACGGUUCCAAAGCGGUAGUCCAUGGUGAGGACCUACCUUCUUCUGACUUUGACAGCUGGAUGGGUGAUUACUUACAAUUCGAUGCGCUUCCAGACUUCAAUAGCCAAGGCGCCAUGUCUUUCCCCGGGGUGCCCAAGUUCAAUCGAACCAUCUCCGACAUCUAUCAAGACGAGCUCUACAAUACCUCGGUCGUGCCAACCUCCUCGUCGCAAAUGCGGAAACAGAACCCCAACGCCAACCAGCAACUACUUUCUACACCAUACCGCAACCUCUUUGCCGAUCGUCUUAAUGCUGCCACCCAAGGCCAUCUCUCAGCUCGCUCGCAAUCACCAGCUGGAAAUUCGGUGAACAGGGAACGCUCACCGUUCCGCCAGGGGUCUCCACUUGCCGCGGAUUUCCGACAGCAACAGGUGCGACUUCAGGCACCAUCGGGUCUCGGCGCAGCCCUACAAAUACCUGGCAGCGAGGGCAUGAACAUUGACCAGCAGCCUGGCAACCAAGGGGAAGUGAAAACCAUUUCUCCCAAGGAUGCUCUGCUGGAGUACCAUGAAGGUCCUGAUGAUGUUGCCAACGGCCUACCCUCGCUGUUUCCUUCGACAACGGAUCUGUCUUUGGCUGGUAGUACUAUGACGUCCCGCCGACAAAGUGCCACCAGCGCUUUCCAGCAGUCUUCAUUACCCUUUACUCAAAUGGAAGCAUUCCCGACUCAAUACACUGGUCUACAACAGCCACUGAACAAUUUCAUACAACAACAGCAGCAGCCGCAGGUAUCUGCCUUUCCGGCGUCGCUGCCUACGAUGGAAUCUACGAACAGUGACGGCACUGUGGAGACAACCAAGCGGCCUACUGACACCUCGUCUGACUCGGGCACUUACACUUGCACUUACCACGGCUGCACGCAGCGGUUUGAAACGCCGUCUAAGCUCCAAAAACACAAGCGUGAAGCCCAUCGUCAAACAUUGACGGGGGCACAGAACGGCGAAAGCACCUCAUUGGCUCUGCGCAAUUCGCAAGCGGGGCCGCACAAGUGCGAGCGGAUCAAUCCUUCGACGGGCAAGCCCUGCAACUCCAUUUUCUCGCGACCGUACGACCUUACUCGACAUGAGGACACAAUACACAAUGCGCGCAAGCAAAAGGUGCGAUGUCAUCUGUGUACCGAAGAGAAGACGUUUUCGCGCAACGAUGCGCUGACUCGGCACAUGCGCGUGGUGCAUCCUGAAGUGGAUUGGCCGGGGAAGCAGCGGCGCAAGGGACGCGACUAG